AGCGGUGAAGAAGCGCCGCGCACUCAGCCUCGGCAAACUGUACACAAGAAGCUCGAUAACCCGUUGAGGGAACACGUAAACUUAUUUUUUCACCGCACCUCUCUUCUUUUGUUUUCUCUUCUUCCGAAGUAGAUUGCACCAGUGUUGCGCCAUGCUGCCUGUUAGGCGCGCCUUCCCGCCGCGUGCGGCGCCACUGCUUCGCGGCCGGUUUACCCAUUCUAUUGCACGAGCUGUGCUUUGCUGUCGUCGUUGCUCGUCGCCUUUCACGGUGCAGUCGUCUCGAUUCCACUGCACGACGGCACGGUACUGCUCCACGUUCACGGCGGCCAAUCAUCACAACAGCCGUAGUAGUGGUAUUCACGGCGGCGCAGAGGAAGGAGGGGCCGACAGCGCGAUCACGACUGCCGCAUUACGUGCGGCACGAGACGGACCUCUCAAGGCACGAUGCAGCGAAAUGCGAAGCGAGUUGGAAGAGCUGGAGCGGAUCAAAAACCUCUGCGAUGCAGCGGCGCAGCGUCACCUCGACCGCAAGAUGCAGCAGCUGUUUCUCUUAUUGCUUUUCCAGGCGGUUGUGCUGUUCGACUGGACAUACGUUCACUUCGACUGGAACCUGGUGGAGCCGAUCACGUACCUGAUCGGGUACAGCGCGACGUGGAUCGCCAUUCUGUGGUACGGGGCCCUGCAGCGGGAGUUCAGCUACGACACGCUGCGCGACAUGCUGCGGGAACAGCAGUGUGAGAGGCUCUACGCGCAGCAUAAGUUUGACCUGGCGCACUACGAGAAGGUGAAGGUAGAGGUGGACAGGCUGCAGAGGGUGCUGCGCAGUCUGGAGCCGCUGUAG